AUGUUGGCCUCAGGCGCCGCUCAAGUAUACCGUAGGAAUCGACGGUUGCCGCCCGCAUCCCCCGCAUUUGUUGGUCCCCCCCGUCUCAUCUGUCCUGUCUUCUCCAAUUCUCAAACCCAACUCUUCCAACGAGGAAUCUGCAUGAUGCAGCUUGGGUUGACCGAGAGUCUUCCGGCUCUCGUGGCAAAGCGAUUUGCUGCUGCCAAAGACGCUGGCCACUUGAUUUUCUCCCAGACUCAUCUUGAAAUUCUACGCCCUGGCGGCAUCCCUUAUCAACUCCGAUACUGCCCUGCUCUUGCCAACAAGCCGACCGGAAAGCCCAAAGCGGACGAGGGAAACAACAAGAAACGAUUCGACCCCUUCGAGAACCCAUCCCCAGACCUUCUGAUCGCACACUUUCCGAGAGAAAACCCGACACAUUUUCUCGUAUUGAAUAAGUUCCCGGUCAUCCCGAAUCAUUUCAUUCUCGCAACGACUGCCUGGCGGGAACAAACGGAUAUACUUGAGAAGGAAGAUUUGGCGGCGGCGUAUGCCUGCGUUAAGGCAUGGAGCGAUGACAGCCAAACGGACGGCACGAAACCCAGAAGGUUAUUCGCAUUUUUCAACUCCGGGUACGAAAGCGGUGCAAGCCAGCCACAUAGACAUCUGCAGUUCCUACCUGUGGAGUCAAUGUCUCAAGAUGACGAGACUGGGACAUGGAGGCCGCUAAUCGACACGGUCCCUUCACAACCAGCUUCAUCUGAAUCAGAAUUUCGACGGAUAUCCUGGCUCCCACUUGCCAAUUUUGCUCUCCCCUUGCCCCCGAAUGCUUCUGCCGAGAGUCUCCACGAAAUAUAUGUGUCUCUGUACAAGGCCGCCGCAGUGGCAGCAGGUGUCCCCCGAAAUGAAGUGCGGUCGAGCACCGGGCCUGCGGCCGUUAGUUACAACCUUGCAAUGACAGAAUCCACGAUGAUGAUCUGUCCGCGGAAGAGCGUCAGCGCCGUGGUAGAGGUCGAUGACGCAGUGCGCAAGGACAUCCACGAAGCGGGAGUUGUUGAGCUUAAUGGGACGCUCCUUGGUGGAACGAUGAUGGUGAAAGCUGAAGCAGAAUGGAGUGAGUUGCGCCGGAGCUCGGAUGGUCUCAUGAAGGUGCUUGGUUCCAUUGGGUAUCCCCAGCCGGACAUAAGAGAAGUCGCCCUGUUAUGA